UCGCUAUUGUCAUUUUGUACGUAUUUUCGUUUCCCCUCCUCAGCUAUUGUUUUUAUUUACUUUUAUUUUUUUACUUAGUAACUCGAAAAGGGCAUUGAUUAUUUUACGUAUGAGUAUUUUGUUCCUUAUGUUUUAUUAAUUACUUGAGCACGAUAUUAUGGGAAAGCGAUAUUACUGUGACUACUGCGACAAAACAAUGGUUGCGACACCUUCAAUCAUAAGAAUCCACAAUAGCGGAGCAGCUCAUCAAAAAUUGCUAAAUGAUCAUUACCAACAAUAUAAAACUCCUGAAACAAUCUUAGCAGAAGAAAGCACAAAGAAACCUUGUACGAGGUUUGCAAAGGGUGAAUGUCCAUUUGGCAGUAUAUGUCGAUUCUCACAUUACACACAAGAAGAAUUAUACACAUUAAGAGGUUUUGUUGCACAGAAGCCAAAUCAAAGCGACACAAUUCAGCCAUCAUUUACAGAUUUGUAUCAUAAAUUCAAAGCAGACAAAACAUCUAGAGCCACAGAUCCGGACUGUAACGAAACUGUUGUAUGUGACUCAAAUGGUGUGACUCAUGUGUUGCCGUGGUGUUAUAAUGAAGCAUUUGAUCAGUAUAGCAACUUACCACCGAGUAUACAAAGAUUUAGAAUAGAAGGAUUUUUAGAUGCAAGUGUGGAGGAUUGGGGUUGAACCAAACUGUUUUCAAAUACAAUGAAAUUGAUGAAACCACAUAUAAAUUUACUCAAGAGAAACAAUUAUAUAUACGUACCAUGCAGAAUGUAAUUCAAUGUGAUUGUAAUUCUUUCACAAUAAUACAAAAAAAUAUUAAAUUAUUUUGUAUAAGUAAUUAUUACUCAAAUAACUGGAGUGUAGAAAUAGCAAUGAAAAGGCUCAGUACUAUUGAGUUGCCCACCCAACUUAAUAGCUGGUAAGACUUCUUGUGACCAUUACCGAUAGGCGGAUGUCUCACCACAGAAAGGCAGUCUACGGCAGUUGGAUUGGCGCUUGUAUUUAUUAACGUAAUUACUAUUUUUUAAUACCAUAUUAUUAUAUUUUUGAAUUAAAGCCUUAUUUAAAAC